AUGAACCGUACGGACGCGACGAAGCCCAUGUCUGGCGGACCGCGCGGCAUACCUCAGCCCGCACCAGCCGACCCUGAGAUGGAGCCGGCGUCUGAGGAUGCGGGCGACACGACCGGGGACACGGACUGGUGGGCUGACGAGAGGCCGGCCGAUGUCCAGCCCCACGAUGCGAAGAAGCCCGUCGGAGAGCGCACGGGCAUGGGCCCUGCGCUAUUCUAA